AAAAAAAAAUCUCACUCUAACAUCAAGACAAACGACAACUAACCUACUCUGCCGAAAUGUGUUCUUGACAAUGACCAUUAUAGGACCUCAUUUCCCAUAAGGCCAGUGGACUUAAUGACCAGCCUGCUAACAUGGAUGGUUGUGUCGUCCGUCUACACACAGUACAUUUUAAUCCCAAAGUUGAUGGCAGCCGGACUGACUUUACUGCCCAGCCCCUCCGAGUUAACUUCCACGAGCUUCUGGGAAGCAUAGAUGCACCUGAACUGGUCACUCAGGUAAAUAACCUAGAUGUCCUGCGUGCUGUGGUGGCCCUGUUUGAUGUGUCUCUUCCUGACGUUGGGCCCCAGGACGUCCAUGACACUGUGAACAGCCACGGGGCCCACACUAUCAUCCUGCUGAGGCAGCCAGCAGAUGUUCUAGAAGAGUAUAGAAGCAGGACGCCCCCCAGCCCUCGACGGGAGACGGGGAUCCCCCUCCUUCCCUCAUUGGUCAAACGCAACAGAGAGGGAAGUUUCUCCCAGGUCUUCAGCGAAUCAGAAGACAGUUCUGAGGAGAGCUCUGAGGAGCGAGAGGAAGGGGAGGCAACCACCCCACCCAGGUCUGCAUGGGAGGUCUUCUGCCUGGGCCUGGAGGACUUCCUGUCCGAGACGCUGCAACGCCGGGCACUCCGCGACAACCCCGAGGACAACCGGCAGAUACCGCCCGCCGCUGUGGGGGUGGAGUCUCUCAUCGUAGCAGCCGCCACGUUCGAACUGAAGACCCUGGCUUCAGGAGACAAGGUGCUGCAGCUGUCCUUAAUGGCGACCAGAAAACGCUACAGGAACUGCGGCGUGGGACGUUACAUCAUCGAGCUGCUGAAGACCCAGAUGGUGUGCCCUCCCCACAACGCCUUCCUGGCGCACGCCGACUCGGACGCCGUCGAAUUCUUCGCCAGCUGCGGCCUCUCCGACGACGCCCUUCUUAACGACAAGUUCAGGGAGGUGAGGGAUGAAUGGACCAACACCACGCUGAUGAGCUACCUGCCGCCGUACUACACAGAGUCUGAGAGUCGUAGCCCAGGAUUCUCCCUGGUCCUGCCAGAGCUGGAGAGAGAGGUGGAGCAGGCGAAGAACACAGCUCUAGAAGCCUACCAGCAGCAGGCUGUGUGUGUUGCCAGGCUGGUCAGGGAAGUCAAGACCCUCAGGGAGCAGCUUAAACUGCAGAGAAGGGAGGUGGACAACCUUAAUGAUGAGCUGGGCAAGGAGAGAGAGAGACGGCACAGAGUAGAGCAGCAGUUCUUGGAGUAUAAACUGAGAAAGACCAGACAGCUUAUGGAAAGACAGGUGAUAGACUCAGAUGAUGCAGUGGAUCCCCGUGUAGAGUGCCCCAGCCCCCCUCCCAGCCCCCCAGGCCUGGGGCAGCCCUCCAUGGGGACAGAGGUGUUGCAGACUGGGGCUGGACGUGGAUAAUGGACCAGCUUGGAGAAAAGAGACUUCUCCAAGACCAUUAUCCUCAGAUUUGUGCAUUUUUAUUGGAUUGUUUGUGUGUGUUUAUUUGGGAUGCUGCAUUAAGUUUAGCUUCCGACAUCUACCUCAGAAGAACAUAAUAAAGUGAAUUACAAUAACACCAGCUUGAUUUGUUGAUGGUGCACAGUGUAUUAUCUACA